AUGGGUCCAGCGAACGUGAGGUUGAAUCCCAUCGGGGCUGCUGCCUGCUUUGCAUUUGGACUAUGUAUGGUUAUUUACAUAUUUGGUUUUCCCGACUGGUUUCAAAAGGAGCAGAAAAUUAGUUUGAAAGAACUCCUGUCUGUAAGCAUAGCGCUAGUUGAACGAGGUGGAAAUCGGGUGCGUGAUAUACGCGAGGGUAACACGUUGGCAGAAAAAUCUAAAGGCAAAACGAAGGAAGGUGCCGAUGAAGUACUCACCGAAGGUGAUAUGGAAUCACACAGAGCCAUUGUAUAUGGAUUCGCCAAAACCUUUCCAGGACUUCAGGUUAUUUCAGAAGAAUCUGACAUCAGGCCAGUUAGCUUUAAGCUGAUAGACAAUGUAAACUCCAAAAAUGAUGAAGUGGAUAAGUUAAUUAAAAAUGAUAUGUCUGUUCCAUUCAACAAAGUGACUGUAUGGGUGGACCCUUUAGAUGCUACACAAGAGUAUAAAGAGAAUUUGAAGCAGUAUGUGACUGUGAUGAUAUGUGUAGCUGUCAAUGGCCAGCCAACCAUUGGAGUAAUUCACAAACCGUUUGAACAAAAAACAGUAUGGGCUUGGGUUGGUUCUGGACAUUCAUCCAAUCUCCAAAUGGUAGAGAACAAAAGGAAAGAUGGUGAUCCUUACAACAUCAUCAUAUCUCGCUCUCACACAGGGGAUGUGAUGGAGAGUGUCAAGGAAAGUCUGGGAAACAACACCAAUAUCGUCAAAGCUGGAGGAGCAGGAUACAAAACCCUGGAAGUGAUUGAAGGUAGAGCCGAUGCGUAUGUUCACACAACUAGAAUAAAGAAAUGGGAUAUCUGUGCCGGAAAUGCCAUUUUAUCCGCAUUUCAUGGGAAAAUGACUACACUAGAGGGAGCCUUUAUAGACUACUCCUCAAGGAGAGAAGUUGUGAACAACAAUGGUCUAUUAGCAACUCUGUCUGAUCAUUACAAAUAUUUAGAACAGCACAUUGCCAAACCAAUGGAACAUAACAAAGAGAAGAGGUAGUGCAGGAUGGGAAUUAUUCUAGAGAUGUGAAGGAUGUCAUUACAUGUACCUUUAUAAUAUGCAAAAGAUGAAUAUCCAGUUACUAAUUCUAGGAAAAGGUGUUACUGUAAAAGCAUAUAUCAGUUUUGAGAAGAAGCUAGUAUUAUUUGUGAUUGCAGUAUUUGCCUUACGUAUAUAUUUUGAGUUGGUUACAUUAUCAUAUUUAAUACAUGUAUAUAUAGAAAAUCGGUUUUUAGGGAGCCUAUAUAGAAUCUUCUUCAUUAGAAUGUUUGGAAAUAUUGUACAAAGUAUUAAUGUACUGGAUUUUAAAAGAUUUUUUUUUGUAUAUUUUUGCCCGGUAUUCAUUUCAAUGUGUGUAUUGGAAGCAGAAAUUUUUUUCCAAGAAAAAAAAUUGUACGCAACUUUUAUAUAACAAGUAAUUUUGCUAACCAGUAAAUAUUUUUUUGAAUUUUUGAUAGAUUGAUUUAUUAAUUUUAUUAUUAUGCCAAAUGUUAAAUCAGGUUCUGGUGGUGAAAAAAUGUACAGAAUUUGGGGAAUCAUAAUUUUUUACAGUGUUUGAAACAAACAUACUGAUUGGACAAUCUUAUAAAUGAGGCAGUAUGUAACUUCUUGUUUUCAUACUAAUAUUAUACCCAUAAAUAUUUCAAUUAUGAUUUAUAAAUCUGCAGAGCAGAAGUUAAAUAUUUUUAAUUGUGGUGCUGUCUUUUAGAAUUGUAUAUACCUUUAACUACAUACUGUGUAAUACUUGUAAAUUUGUAAAUGUUUAUACAUUAACAUCUGUUUGCCCCUUUGUAACUAGUGAAUUAAGAGUUAAAUGAGUAAGCUUUACUGCUGUACAGAGGUUGUGUUUAGAAGGGUAUGUGAUACAGUAUCAUAGUUUUAUAACACAUUCAUGCACUUUAGAAAUAUGAAUUUUAUGACUGGUAAUCAAAUGAACAAAAACCUGUUUCUAUUUAAAAAGACUACCGGGUAUCUAUACUAUUUUAUUUCAAAACGUUGUUUUGUUAUUUGUUCAUUAGUAAUUUCGUUCAAUGAAAUGCUAGUGUGCAUUUAUAUAUGUACAUAUAUUUAUAUAAGGUGCUAGAGUUUAUUACAUUUGAUUGUUUGUGUGAGACCUUCAUUUGUUGAAUUUAGUUUGAUUUUAAACUAGUCAUGUAUGGGUUUUAAACAGUCUCUCUUGGAAAACAGUGUUAACAACUGUUUAUUUCUCAAAAAGGUUCCUACUGUAUGGUCAACAAACAUUAGGUGUCAAAAAACAACAUUUUAUCACCUGCUUUUGAUAUUGAGAAUGAUAUAAAGUGCCAUUUUAAAACCUGUUUUCCAAAAACUGGUUUUUAAAGCCAAAUUAUUUCUUGUUAGUACUUUGCUUUUAUUUAUUCGUUGGUAUCAAUUUACAUGGAUUUGGUGAAAAUUACAGUUUCAAGGAUUUCAGUGAUCCUCUCAAUACAAUAUACAGUAGAAAUUGCACUUUAAUGAACAUGUAAUUUUAUGGAUGGUUUCAACAAAGAAAUCCAUGAAAAUUGGUAUUCAACAAAUAUUGAUGAAACUUCAGCAUUGUGUUUAAUUCUAUAAUCCAUUGCAAUAUCAGAAAAAUGCUUUAAUUUCUUCCCUCAUCGUAUCUGAACACAGGAUGUGAAAUCUAGUCUAAUAGCGCAUCAGUGUAUGAAGUUCUUUAAAACGACAAUUUUUUUUUAUACCGUUGCAGUUUUUUCUUUAUAUAGGUUAAUCAACAUCUCUGUUUUGAUCAACAGAGUUCAUUUUCAUUAAAAUGUAUUGAAUUCUCAUUCCACAGUUAUUGAGUUGUGUGAUUUUAAGGGUAUGGUGUUUUUAACCUUUUUUUCACAUUUUAUGUAUACUUUUGAUCUGGUAGUCAUUUUUUGUAGCAGAAGUUUUUAUCAUUUCAAACUGAAGUACAGUUUCACCCUGCAGAAUUGCAUCAAUAUGUUGAUACAUGUAUAUGAAGAUAUUCCUCUCAAAUGCAAGAUGCUCAUUUUUGCAAAAUGAUUCAUAUGGGUAUUGAAAGUUUAAACAGUUUUAUGUCUAUAAAAGGGUUCAGUUUGAACAUUGUUUCUUCAUUACUUCAGAUGUUUAUUUUUACAUUCCAUUUUUUGAGGUUUUUUUUAAAUUGUUGAAUGUAAAUAACAGGAAAUAUCCUGAUUAAUAACAGUCUUUUUAUAUCAUCUGAAAUCAUUUCAUCUAGUGGACAAAAAAUCAUUUACCAGGUAUUCUAUUAUUGGUGUUUAUAUGGGUUUUUUUUUUAUACCAAAAAGUAUCUAUCAUUCUCUGAAAUAUCAUGUCCCAGUGUACAUGUACAUCAUAGACAGAGUCCACAAAAUAUUGGUUAUUCAAAGUUAUUGAUGACCUGAUGGUUUGGAACCUGUGACUGCCAGAGUAAAGCUAGUGCUUCGUGAAGAGUACCGGAUACUUGGCCUUUUGUUUUAAUCUUUAUAUUUGUAGUGGUUAGUCUAGUGGUACUUUGAAAAGUUUCAAUUUUAGUUGAAACAAAUGUGACCAGUGGAAUGGGCAUGAAUAGUUGAAUUUGAAAAAUUAAAAGAUUUCACACGUGUGAUGUUAGUACAUGUAAAUAUUUUCUUUUGUCAGGUUAAAUGAUUUCAACUUGAUUAAGGACAGUGAAAUUUGGUUCAUAAUUGCUUUUUUUCUCUGAAAUAAAUUAGCAUAAUGUUUAAAUGGAGAUAGAUAUCAGACAAAUAUUAUGAAACGAUUUCAAAUUAAAUUUCAAAUUGUAUUCCGUUUUGUCAUAUUACUAGUGCAUGACUUUUUGAAUACACUGUACACAUUGGGCAUUGUCUGUGUGUGAUAAUUACUGAACCAAACAAAUAUCUAUAUGUAUACCGGUAAUUAAAAUCAUCAAUUAAUUCGUUCCUUAAAAAUAACUCCGUUUUCAUAUAAACGUCUGUAUCUGUAACUAUAUCAAUAUUAACCUGCAGGAGCGUUAUUUUCCUAUAAAGAAGGGGUGGUGUUCAACAAAUCAAAUCAGUAAUUUCAAGGUCUAAAUGGUCACUUUAUUGGAAGGGGGCGUGGGGGCUAUCAGAUCGCAUAAAUAGAUCUGCAUCUAAAUGAUGAAAGCAAGCCAAGGGUUCGAUUCGUUUAUUCUUUUUAUAUGAAAAUAAAUGAAGAUGAUAUAAAAGAAUUAAUUUCAUAUAAGGUCACAGAAAAGCUUAAUUUCGAUCAUAAUCAUGGAUUAUAAUUCAGUAUUAAUCAAUGGGUUUCAAGAGUUGUGUGGAUUUAUUUACAUUUGUUUGCUGUUCUUUGAUCUCAGUUGGUCACGUGUUUACUACAUUAACACUAUAUGUCUCCAUUUAACACGUAUAUGUCUCCAUCUAACACGUAUAUGUCUCCAUUAUGUAAGUAUGCAAGGGGUUGACAGAACUAGUAUGUAGUGAGUAUGUCUCUUGAUUGGUGAUCAUCUUUUUAUCAGAGGUAAUUGACUUUUAUAUGCUCAUGUUGUUGGUGAACAAAGAAUUGACAUUUAUUUAUUGUGUUCUUGUUAUAAGGGAGCUGGAGUUAGAAAAUAAACCAAACAAAAUGCA